UCUUCAAACAAGCACACACAGCUCUCACCCCACCCCUCCUCACUUAUGAUGUAAUUACUUUGUGGAUUUGAAUGGUGCUACCAACCAACCCCAGUAUGAAAUAAAAUCAACUCUUCUCAAAAGGUUGAGCAGCUCUCCAAGCUUUUCUCUGUAAAGAAGAAUAAACACUUAAGUUCUGCUCACAUUAAGUGCCCUUUCUAUCUUCAUGCUGUGUGUGACACACUCCCAGAAAUGGAGUAAGGAAAAAAAUACUUUCUAAGUUGCAGCCGAGCUAUGGGUGAUUUAAACCAAAUGACAGAAAAUUAAAACCACUGUACUGCACACUUCAAAGAAAACAGAUGUCAACAAAAUGGUUAACCCCUUCCUUGCUUCAAUAUUAUGAAAUGCACUUCAUAAGUAUUGUGCUUCCUGUUUCACCAGUAUUGAGGUACCUAAUCAAACAAAAUUACUAUUUUUUGGUCUAGUUUAGACUGAAAUUGGGGCAUUAAAAGUCUAGGAAUGCCUAGAAAUCGUUGAAAUUCCAUCCUAAGGUAAUGUUUCCAACAUCCUGAUUGGUCUGACAUGCCUCGAAUAUUGUGGGGUUUUAUUCCUUUUUACAUCAUCUCCCUUCUGAGCCCUGUGCCCAAGGGGCAGGAGAACAAUUCCAAUAAAGCAUCUGGCCACCGUGGAAAUACAGAUGGACCCUGCUAUGAUGCCAAACAGAGGCCAAAAUAUUGUAUCCCAGAUUUUAUCAAUGUGGCUCUCGGACAAGAGGUAGUUACCUCUAGUACUUGUGGGCGCGUACCCCAAAAACUUUGCUAUUUCAUGGACUCUGCAAAUAUAACAUCUCGUAGGUGUCAAUUAUGUGACCAGAAGAAACCAGAAACAUCUUAUCCACCUUUAUACAUGACUGAUACAGAUACCCAAACAUGUUGGAGAUCAGAGAGUGGAAUAACAUAUCCACAAAAUGUUACCUUGACUCUAUCUCUGGGUCGUAGGUUUGAGUUGGUAUAUGUAAGUUUGCGUUUUUGCACCCCACGUCCUGACUCUAUGUCCAUCUAUAAAUCUAUGGACCAUGGAAAGUCAUGGAUCCCCUUCCAGUUUUACUCUAGUCACUGUCGUAGAGUAUAUGGACAUGCCACCACAAGUGCCAUUACAAAGCCCAUGCAACAUGAAGCUACUUGUACUGACUUCCAAACUGGAGUUAAACCUCUUACUAAAGGGCUUGUAGCUUUCAUGCCAUUAGCAGGUCGUCCUUCAGCCAGAAGAUUUGAAUAUAGUCCAGUUCUUCAAGACUGGGUGACUGCUACAGACAUCCGUGUGGUCUUUAACCGUCUCCAUUAUGGGAAAAAGUUGGGAAUCAGAAGGAAGACUGCCUUCUAUGGUGUUUCUGAACUCCAGGUUGGGGGAAGGUGUAAAUGUAAUGGCCAUGCAUCACGUUGCAGCGCUAUUAAAGAGGGACUUAUGUGUGAAUGUCAGCAUAACACAAUAGGUCCUGAGUGUGAUGCCUGCAAACCUUUUUAUUAUGAUAGGCCAUGGCAGCGAGCAACACCAAGCAAUUCGCAUGAAUGUGUAGCAUGUGAGUGCAACUUGCAUUCUCACCGUUGUCGCUUUAACAUGGAGCUGUAUAAACUCUCAGGCAGGAAGAGUGGAGGCAUAUGUCUGAACUGCCGCCACAACACUGCUGGCCGCCACUGUCACUACUGCAAGCAAGGGUACAAACGAGACCUAAACAAGGCCCUGUCCAGCAGAAAGGCCUGCAAAGCUUGUCAGUGUCACCCAAUUGGAGCUAUUAAUGCGAUAUGCAACCAAACCACUGGCCAGUGUUUGUGCAAAACUGGAGUGACUGGACUGACCUGCAAUCGAUGUUCUCAGGGAUAUCAGCAAAGCCGCUCUGCACACAUGCCCUGUGUCCGGAUUCAAGAAGAGUUGACCACAACCACGGCUUAUCCUGUGGAAUGGAAAACAGGUACAGAAUGUCAGUCAUACUGCAAGCCAUCUCAUAGCCGUGUGCACAUGAACUUGCGCAAAUAUUGCAAGAAAGACUAUGUUCUUAGAGCCCAGCUGUUGUCCAUGGAAAAGUCUGGAGAAUGGUGGCAAUUCACAGCUAAUGUGCUUACAGUGUACCGUCAGCGCCGAGUUCCCAUUCGUCGUGGUGACCAACCUCUCUGGGUUCCAGAACAGGAUUUAGCUUGUGACUGCCUCCGAGUGCAAGUAGGCAAGUCCUACUUAAUUAUUGGGAAUGAUGAAGAGUCUCCUGAUCCAGCUCGUUUGAUUUUGGAUAAAAAUAGUCUAGCGCUGCCAUGGCGUGAUGUUUGGGCACAUAAACUGAGACGUUUUCAGCAGCAGAAUCGCAGAGGAAAUUGUAGAGUUGGAUAAAUAGGUCCUUAAUCAUAAAGGAAUGCCACACACAAAGUCAACCAGUUGUCUCCAAACCAGAUCCCAUCUUUAGUGAAAGAAUAACCAUGCCAUUCUAGAUGCAUAAUUAAAUCAACACAUAAUUAUAUGUGUACUGCUACCUCUAUAUUAUGAAAUUUGUCAACUGGAAAAUAAGACCAGAGUAUAGAAAAAAUAUUUACAACACCAUAUUCAUAGAAUUUGCAGAAUAAUGGAUACUCUGUUUGUCCAGGGGAUCUGUGCUUGAAUGUCCAUCAGAUUUUGUUAUGUUAUCAUAUAUGAUGUAAUAAAACAUUUGUGCUUAAGAGUAUUUUUAUAUAUUUGUAGAAAAAAAUAUGCUGCUUUGUUGUUUUUUUCCUUUCUUAAAUACAGAGUUACAAUUUGUGUGAUAAUGUGGAAUUGUAUGUCUAAUCAUUAAUCACUUCUUACUGGAGAUGUUUGAAUAGGGAAAUGUUUAAUUAAGUUUGAUGAUGUUCUCAUUAAAAUAAAAUUUACAAUACAGGUAA